AGGAUGAGCGACCCCAUUGAUAAGCCUAUCAAGCAGGCAGCGGACGAACUCGACUCAGGGUCUCCUGAUAAUCAAGGCCAACAAUCAAAGCGAAGAGAAUCUGGGGAUCUUGGAGAGGAAAGAGAUUAUACCAACCCCAAUCGAUAUUGGUUCGAGUCGACAGCAUGUCCUCUCAUCGCAGGUACAUUUGGUCCUAUGGCCUCUGCCUUUUCGAUAUGCGCCUUGUCUUCAAGUUGGAGAGUAUACAUACCGCCCGGAGGUACUNNGUUACUUGCAAUCAAUGCCAUCUCUCUGGGUCUUGCUCUCAUUGCAAAUGGAUCGUUGCUACUCAAUAUGACCCAUCGUCUGCGAUUCUCGAUAGCCCAACCCAUUACAAUCGUUGGCUUCACUGUCUCUUCUGGACUUCUGAUUGCGGAUCUUAUUGCUCUGACUGUGUCUCAUACCUACCGACUUCCUACAAGCUCGCCUGCUGCAUCUGCUGCUCGCCAUGCGCUGACGUCGGCGUUCUACUAUGCAAUCAUGGCUGCUGCCAUCUACCUCAUCAUCGCCGCUCUAAUGUGCCUGACUGUCUAUGGUGCUUGGAAAGGACAUUAUGCGAGACAGUUUAGAUUGACUGCAGCACAGCGAACAUUGAUGUUGCAGACGAUGAGCUUCUUCACCUAUCUUCUGCUCGGCGCUCUAGUGUUCAGCCAUAUCGAGAAAUGGGAAUAUCUGGAUGCCGUGUAUUGGGCAGACGUAACGCUACUCACCGUGGGUCUUGGAGACUUCUCGUACACGCAUUCCGGUCGAUCCCUGUUUAUCCCAUAUGCCAUCGGCGGCAUCGUCAUCCUUGGUCUCGUCGUCGGCUCCAUCCGAACACUAGUUCUCGAACGAGGACAAAAGAAGAUAUCCGCCAGAAUGAUGGAGAAAAAGCGACUUCGAGCCGUCAAUAGUGUUGGCGAUGGCGGACAACGAAUGCGCGUCAGCCGUUUCCAAACCAUGAAGUUCGUCGAAAGUUACACAAAUGCCGCUCAGAAGAGAGAACAAGAGUUCAAGGCGAUGAGGAGAGUUCAGGAGUGUGCCGAAAGGGAUCGCAAGUGGAUUGCCUUGUCUGUAUCUACGACGGCUGCUUUUGCACUCUGGCUAGCCGGUUCUGCUAUUUUCCAUGUUGCCGAGAAAGAGCAGGGUUGGACCUAUUUUCAGACAAUGUACUUUACCUAUGCUUGUCUUCUCACGGAAGAUUGGGCCUUGCUGACAUUUCUGCUGUUCUCAAGNAUCGGUUACGGAGAUUUUACACCAACGUCGAACUCUAGCAAAGCCUUCUUCAUUCUUUGGUCGCUCUUAGCCGUUCCCACCCUCACGAUCCUCAUCUCAGAUAUGGGAGAUACCGUGGUCCAAGUCUUCUCCAAUGCAACAGAAUGGAUUGGCUCUCUCACCGUCCUACCCUCUGAACAAGGAAUAAGAUCCGCUCUCCAGGCCGCAUGGAGCUCUCUCACAGCAACUCAUCCUAUUCAUCAUAGCCAUCAUGACUUGCAUCCGGGUGGUGUAAGUCAGGCGGAGGGCGCGGGAGCAGACGAUCAAGACCAACACAUGACCAUGACUGACCGCAUAGCCGACCGCAUGGCCAAACACCUCGAAGCCGAGGAACUUGAUGACGCUCUAUCUGCUGAACACCAAGGUGAUUUUUUGGAGAGAGACAUUCACUUCUUCAAUUUUUUGUUGGCACGGGAGACACAACGGCUAUUAAAAGACCUCAACGCCUCGCCNCCUAAGCUUUACGAAUGGGGAGAAUGGGAAUACUUCCUCAAACUCAUGGCAAACGAUGCCGAUGCCCCUGAUCUCUCGGGAGGAGUCCUAGUUCCUGAAGAUUUGCGACUACCAGAAACCAGAGAAGAGUGGAAGCAAAAACACAUUGACCAUAGGUGGUCGUGGUUGAGCAGGGCCAGCCCUUUGAUGGGACAUCAAUCAGAGACUGAGUGGAUAUUGGAAAGAUUAGGUGCUUGUCUGGAGAGGGAGUUGAGGGAGAGCAGAUUGUUGCCGUAUCGGACAAGGGAAGAGAGGAGGAAGCCGCCGGUGAGUAUGGCGGAUAUGAUUAGGAGGGGAAGGAAUAAGCAGCAAGGUGAUGACGACUCUUGA